CGAGAUGCCCUCUGCAGGGAUUCUGUUGCACUACAGUGCCCUACAGGUUCAUUGAUGGGACAUCCAUCAUCAAGUUCUUAUGUCUUUAGCCACCCAGGAGAUGAUGAUACUACCCAGCACAUGGAACUCACAUCGGUGCAAUGUCCAACAUCUACAUCAGUGGACAAUCCAUCAUCACCCCAUGAUGGUUUCGUAUAUUCAGAUUCCCCAAUAGAAAGCUUUGUCGCCGAUGAUUAUGAUUCUCACAUGUCCGAAGAACAACAUGAUGAGUACUUUGCAUUUGCUGGGAGAGGUGACGAUGAAGACUUGGUAGAUGCCUUUACAACAGACACCAUUGUCCCUGACCUAUAUGAUCGUGUCUACCACAAUAUACCAGUAAGUACUCACAUGUUGACACCAAAACCUGAUUGCAAUCACUGUGGUGCAAAGAGGUUCCAGUAUGAAACAAGUGGAUUUUGUUGUCGGUCCGGAAAGAUUAACCUAGCACACUCAGAACCACCCUUGGAACUUCAAAUGUUAUACACAAGUUCAGAUCCCAAUGCCGUGCAUUUUAGGGAGAACAUUCGAUGGACCUAA